GCCUGGGCGGUGCCACCCCCAAGCAGUUCUGCAUCGUGCAGGGGAGGCCGCUCGUCAGCUACACGGUGCGGGCCGUGGAGAGAAUGGAAAUGUCGGUGUCCUUCCACAGUCACUGGUGAAUGUGCCGAAUGCCUACUCUACUCUACUUGUUCUAUGGCUGUUCUGCAAAGAGGAGUGCACAGCUCUGAUUUUGGGGUGAGCUGGAUAUCUGACAUUAUUGUGGUGGUCUCUCCUGAAAAUAUCGAAACAAUGAAGUCUAUUAUUGAAAAAUAUGGCCACAAAAGAGUUACAGUUACAGGAGGAGGAAUAACUCGUCACCGAUCAAUUUUCAAUGGUCUGAAAUUAUUUUCGGAGAAUGAAUUUUCAAACAAUCAGCUCCAGAAACCAGAAGUAGUGAUUAUCCAUGAUGCUGUGAGACCAUUUGUUGAAGAAGAUAUUCUUCUAAAAGUGGUGAUGGCUGCUAAAGAACACGGGGCAGCAGGAGCAAUUCGUCCUUUAGUUUCUACUGUUAUUGCCUCUGCUGCAGAUGGAUGUUUAGACCACUCAUUGGAACGUGCUAAGUACAGAGCAAGUGAAAUGCCUCAGGCUUUUUUAUUUGACAUAAUCUUUCAAGCAUACCAACAGUGUACAGACUAUGAUCUGGACUAUGGAACAGAAUGUUUGCAUCUGGCUCUGAAAUACUGUAAAACAAAUGCUAAGCUUGUUGAAGGAACAGCUGACCUUUGGAAGGUGACCUACAAGCGGGAUCUGUAUGCAGCUGAAUCAAUUAUUAAGGACAGCUUAUCACAACAAAUUUGUAUUAUUACUGAUGUGAAGGAAGCUGCUGUGAAAGUAGGUUUUGUCCUUCAUGAAUCACUAAGAAGCCAAAUAAAAGUUGAAACUAUAUCAAUAUCUCUAAGCAAACAAGAUAACCAUCUACAGAACAUCUUUUCAGGACAGUACUACAAUUUUGUUUGCAUAAAUGAUAAAAAGUAUGCCACUGAAGAAAUCCAGCAGCUAGUGGAUAUGUUAGAAGAAUCAAACAUUCCUCUCUUACAUCCGGUUGUUCUUAUUUCAGUUCACUUGAAUACUUCAGAAAAUACUCCUUUCAGCAUUGAUUUGGAAGAACUAACUAGAAUGAAGAAAUUUGCAAGGGAAGUGAAAAGGAAAAAUGUUUUGGUUUAUGGUCUCCUUAUCCAGUAUAAGUGCUGCAAUUCCUGGCUUAAAAGAGUGCUUACAUUUUUUUUUACUCCUGGAGUGAGUUGGGCAUCAGACCAAGAGCAUCAAAAAUUAUUAUUCUCACUUUUCUUACAUGCUGUUCCCCAAAGGCAUCAUUUAACAGGACUAUUUCCCACUUCAGGAGACAGUAAAUUCUGCUGCUGCUCUUACCAUGGCACUAAUAAAGGACAGGAACCCUGAGCUGAUUGGUCAGCUUUUGGUAGCAUAAGGCCAUAAAUCAUUCGUAGCUUAUGGAAAUAUUUCUUUAUCAUCAUUCAUUCAGCAAAGGUCUUGGAUCAUUUAAUUUUUGAUGAAAACUCUGGAUUUAUGAUAUUUAGUAUUAAGAUCUUCUAACAACGUAUUUUUGAUACCUAAAAUGCAAGUCUGAUGUUAUGUAGAAAGUGUAAAAUGAAUGUAAUUCUGAGACACACUGGAUAUGUGCUUUGAAGAAAGAUACUGAAAUAUUUUUUCUGAGGUACUGCUCAUCUAAAAAUGUUCACAAAAGACAUCAGAAUAUUCAGUCUUCAUGUAGAACUGUGUUUAACCCAUGCAUGUGUAUUAUUUUGCAUUAAUGAAUUAAUCCUAAAGCACAGCUUUCGUUCUUUAGAUGAAAUUAUUUAACAUUUGUUGCUAUAUGUAUUAAUGAAUAUUUAAUAUACCGUAUGACCUUACUAACAUCAGUGGAAAUGCACGUUGCAAAAAGUGUUUGUUAGCUCAGUUCCCUGUCCUCCAUGGAAUAAAGAGUAACCUUGACACACAAAAAAAAGAUGUGCAUGGGAACAUUGAGGUGCUAUAGCCUGGUUUUCUGGAUCAGAUGUCCUCUGGCUGCAGCACUCCUUAGUACUAUUACUACUUCCAAUACCCAUGUGCCAUCAUUCAGAACUAGCUCCAAUAGCUUUUCUGAGUACAGUAUUAUCCACACUAGAAGUGUUCAGGGAACCUCCCCUUCUAUCUGUCCUAAGUCCAUCCAGUGUCCCUCUGAUAUCAGAUAGAUCAGCUACCUGCUUACUGCUAUGCUUUCCUGAGUACAGUCUCUUAUAUCUAGGUACAAGGAAACUGUAAAGAAUUUGCAAUAUCCUCAUGGAUCCUAAAUGUAGAACAUAAUUUAGCCAGGAAAAGGAAAUGGGUAGGUCAAGUGGAGAGUGUCAAUCUGGGUAGUAUUCAGGAUUGAUCCUUCCCAUGUUAGGCAAACUUUUGAAAAUCCAUCUCAAAUAAGAUUUCUGAUUUCAGCUCAGGAAUUUGCCUCUCCAUUAUCCAGCAGUGGGUGUGGAAAGUUCUUUCCUGUAGCUCAGCUAUUCAAGAGGAUAGAGGGAGAAGAGCUCUGACUGUUGUUCAACAACAGAGAUUGCCAAUGCCAGCACUGAAAGAGAUCCCAGCACUCCCACCAAGUUCCAGUCCCUCUGUUGUACGGACAAAACUGUGAGGAUAGAACGAUCCAGAUUUGAACUCUGCCCCUCCCCUUUUCCCCAGAUCUCUAAACAACUGCCUAAAAAUGGUUUAGCAGUAUCUGCUGAGACACCUCCAUCUUAAAUUACCUUUAGAAGCUGAUGUUGAUCCAAAACUUUCUUCAUUAUAGUAGUUGCAGCUGACUUUUCUGUAUCUAAAGCAUACAUCUUUUUCUGCUGAAACAGUUCUUAUCAUCUGCUUCCUUCUUUGAUUUUUUCCUAUCUAAUUUGAUUAGUAAUUUGUCCUUUUCUGAUGCUGUACAAUGUGGGCAUUUAUAUUAGUUCAGUUUGUGGUCAUACAAUAAGACAUGUUUUAUUCAUAUAUUUAUUCAUGCCUGUUCAUAUGCAGAGUAGUCAGAUAAACUCAGAGGAAAUAUUUUAUUAUUGGUAUCCAUAAUUUAACAGGACAACUUUCAAAAAUAAAUUUUCUUAUUACUUUUACAGUAAUGAAUUUUGUGAAGGAAUUUGUUUCACAGGCUUCUGAAAGAUGUGAUAGAAGAUGUUUCUUUGGCCAUAUUUUUUUUUAUUCUUUGCUUAAAGACUUAACUACAAUCUGUGAUGUAUUUUCCCCACAUUAUAAUAAGCAAGUAAAUUUUAAAAACUCUUCAUGUUUUCCAUCCACUCUAAUAUACACAUAUAAAGUCUUAGCACUGGAUUUUGUAUAAAUUGUCAUUUGCUUAAACAGAACCUUUUAUUUUGCUGUAUUGUUUUACUUAACUCAUUAUCUUAAAAGGAUUUAAAUCCAAUUUAAAAUAUCAUUGCAAUGAACUGCUGCAAAGAAAAAUGAUAUCAUGAUUGUUUUUGAAUUUCUUGUGAAAAGAGAACUAAUGAUGCCCAUUAAGAAGUGCAUUUCAGGUCCUCGAACAUAUUUAGUACUAAACACAUUGAAAGAUUCAGUAAUGUACUGUUAAUCAUCACGUUACAUAUUUAUUUAUUUAUUUAUUUUUAAAUUUAACCACCAUUUUAAAUGAUCUACAAUGACUGAAAAAUCCAGUCUGCGGGAAGCCAAACACUACCAGCAGAACAACUAGAACAGAUCACAAGAUAGUAGAGCAGCAGUAAAAAAAAAAAAGAAAAGAAACUGGACUGUGAGCUAUUGUAUAUCCAAAGUUAAAUGUUGUCUUGGAUGAUUGCUAAUACUUAUAAUGGGAAUAAAGAUGCAAAAUGAAAUUAAGAAACUGA